AUGUGGUUGACGGUGGUGCCGCUAGUAAUAUGGUUGUUGUGGUGGUGGAAUGAUAUAUGGUACGGAAUACUCACGGCAACUUUCCGGUCAUCCAAAGGCGGCACCAAGCUGCCUCCUGGCCACAUGGGUCUUCCGAUCAUCGGUGAAAUGUUCACGUUUCUAUGGUACUUCAAAUUUCUCCGCCGUCCCGAUGAUUACAUCAAUUCCAAACGCCACAAGCAUGAUGAUGGGAUUGGAAUGUAUAGGACGCAUCUAUUCGGUAGACCGUCGAUAAUCGUAUUUUCACCGGCGGCCAACAAAUUUGUGUUCCGAGAUGAAGAAAGGUUCGUGUUGGAAUGGCCGAAUGUCGAGAUUGUAGGCAAGACUUCACUGGUUGCGGUUCAUGGCAAAGCGCAUGUUAGGAUCAGAAGCUUUGUUUCGAGAAGUAUUAACCAGCCAGAUGCUCUUCGUCGGAUUGCUAUCGUUGUGCAACCUCGAAUUAUCUCUGCCCUGCGAUCUUGGGUUGAACGUCGUAAGAUUAUUUCCUAUAACGAGAUCAACAAGGUUACAUUCGAGAACAUUGGCAUGUAUUUUGCUAGUUUCGAGCCAGGUCCCACUCUCGAUACACUCGACAAGUACUUCACCGGAUUGGUUAGCGGAAUCCGGAGUUACCCGUUGAAUAUACCAGGAUUUGCUUAUUACCAUGCCCUUCAGUGCCGGAAGAAAACGAUAGCGAUUUUCAAGGAAGAGUUGGAGAAAAGGAACAACAACGACGAUGGAAGUACUCGACCUAUGAACGAUCUAAUGGAUGGUUUGAUGAAGUUGAAGGACGAAGAAGGGAGCCAGUUAAGAGAAAACGAGGUUCUUGAUAAUAUCGUUAGCAUUCUUGUCGCUGGCUACGAAUCAACAACUCUUGCUACGAUGUGGGCAGUUUAUUAUCUUGCGAAAUACCCAAAGGUUCUACAAAAGCUUCGGGAGGAAAACGUGUCUCUUAAAAAGAGCAAAACCGAACAACUUGUUACAAGCGACGAGAUGUUAAAGAUGAAAUACACCAUGAAGGUUGUCGAUGAAACGAUUAGAUUGGCGAAUAUCGCUGCAAUCGUGUUCCGCACGACGACAAAAGAUGUUCAAUAUAAAGGAUAUACUAUACCAAAAGGAUGGAACGUAAUGCUAUGGAUCAGGUAUCUUCACACGGAUCCAGAAAACUUUAACGAUCCACUGAGUUUCAACCCUGACAGAUGGGAUGCAUCGAUGACGUCUGGAACGUACCAAGUGUUUGGUGGUGGAUCGAGAAUUUGUGUAGGGAAUAUGCUUGCUCGUUUACAACUUGCCGUCUUUCUCCAUCAUUUGUCAACGGGAUACAAGUGGGAAUUGGUGAAUCCGGAUGCAAAAAUGAAGUAUCUCUCACAUCCGAAACCAGAAGAUGGUGUAGAAAUCACCAUUGAAGAAUUAUGA